AUGCGUUCCUAUCUCAACAACGCUGCUCUCCUGAUAAUCGGAGCUUCAUCCCUUGCUGUUGCCUCCCCAGUCCGAAGGCAGAGCAAUGGAACAGGGACUUAUGAGAUCAAAUGGGGCCCUUGUUCAGACGAUAGCGACAAUCCAAAUCUUGACUGCGGAACCCUCGAAGUACCCAUGGACUGGGACAAUACCGGAGGCAGCAAGAUCAAGCUUGACGUAGCCCGCCUCAGGACCAAUGGCACCAACAAACUUGGUAGCAUCUUUGUUAACCCCGGAGGUCCAGGAGGACCGGCUCGUGAUAUAUGUGCUGGCCUGUCUGAGGAACCGGGCGAGUUUAGCAACCUGCUAGAUCACUACGAUAUGGUCUGCCCCGACCCUCGCGGCGUCGGGCCCAGCACGAAGGUUGUUUGUGACGCUGAUCUCUGGGCGUCGACGCCUUCCUACUUUGUCGACGACGAAAACUCCUGGGAGCAAGUGCUAGAGUUCAACAAGGCCCUGGCCGAAUCCUGCCUUAAUCUGACCGGACCGCACAUGGGGUUCGUAGACACCGAAUCUGCCGCCAAGGACCUUGACGCACUGCGCAUCGCGGUCGGCGACGACAAGUUCAACUAUCUCGGGUUUUCCUACGGGACGCAGCUGGGCGCUCGCUACGCCGAGCUCUUUCCGGACAACAUCGGCCGUAUGGUUCUCGACGGUGGCGUCGACCCUUCUCUCUCCGAAUAUCAAAGCUACAUCCACGGUAACUGGGCCAUGAACGAUGAGCUUGAACGCUUCUUCGAGUGGUGCGACUACAACUCUUCCUGUGCGCUUCACAGCAACAGUAGCAACUCCUCCACUGCCGCCAUCUGGGAUACCUUGAUCGCUCGUGCCAACGAAAAACCGAUUCCAGCUCCUGGAUGCGCAGCCAAUGCUACCGGAGAGGCUGCGGGAACUUGCAAAACGAACGCCACGGGCUACGACAUCAUUUUCAAGCUCGAGGAUAUUUUCCAGCUAUACUCGAAUUGGCCAAGGCUUUCGGAAGCGAUGCAAGAGGCCAUUGAUGGCAACGCAACCAUUCUGUCCGUCGACUUUAACCCUCUUGCCUACGCCAACCUGGCCAUCGGGUGUCUCGACAACCCGACCGAGUCGACCACGUAUGACGAGCACGUUGCACUGCAGAACCUCGGCACGGCCAUGUUCCCACACGCCCUAGGCAGCAGCAUGCAGCUUCAGUUUGCGACCACUUGUAUCGGGUGGCCUUUCAAACCUAGAAACCCGCCUCACGUGUUCAAUUCGACCGCGGGAGAUGAUUUGACCCCGAUCCUCAUCGUCAACGCAUACCAUGAUCCCGCCACGGGUAUCUCCGAGGCCAUGGGCUUGCAUAGACAGAUCCCCAAUUCUGUCUUCCUUGCUCGGACCGGAGACGGACACACGAGUUAUUCUGCUGAUCAGGUUCUGCAUGACGCUAUAGAUGCCUGGUUGAUCAAUGGGACGAUGCCGGCUCAGAACACGGUGGUCGUUCAGGAGUUGGAUUGGGUCCCGACGUAUGAGUGA